UAGUACAGAGUAUCAGACUAAGCUUAUGACAUGUUGGCAAGAAAGGAAUUGUUUGUCUUAUUUUGUACUGAUGGACAUUUAUGUUUUUCAGGUCUGACUUCGGCAAAUGUUUUCAACCUACUGAAAGAAAACUUUAGGUCUUUUAUAAAUGCAGAUGUGAGCACACUCCCAGCGUGCUCAUUGACUGGUAUUCCAGGCAUGAGGAAGUGGUAUUUUGCAAAUCAAGUUGUAAGUGGGUUUUGCCAGUUCUGCAGUCUGGACUGGGAAGAGAUUAGUUUUGACUCAAAGAAAAAUGAAACUGAACACUUUCUCCAAACAAAUACUGAAGAAUGCCUGGGUUUUGAGGAGGAAGAUAGUAACAGCAGAGAGUCACUGUUGCUGACUGAUGUUUAUGAAGAAGCUGCAGAGAGUCUUCAUCAGUUGUCAGACAAGCUCCCUGCUCCAGGAAGAGCUAUGGUUGAUGUAAUACUACAGACUGGUGAACCUGAUGCCCCCAAGUUAAAAGACUGCUUGCCUGCCAUUGGUGCCCUGAAACAUCUGAGAGAAUGGCACUCUGCAAAAAUCACAAUAAUAGCAAAUGACUGUAAAGGCAACUGGCAAAAAAUUGCAGACUACCUGUCAGCAGAUGUUGUAGCUUUAGAUGAUCUAAAAAAUAUUAUUGACUCAAAAGAGCUGUGGAGGGGGAAGAUUCAGAUAUGGGAAAGAAAGUUUGGAUCUGAAGUUAGGUUUCCAGAGUUCUGCAUAAGGGGUGUCUCAGCAAAGCCAUUCAGCACUUCUCAUUUAAAUACUUGCUUUGCUGCCAAGAACACAACAGAAUCAAAGAAUAGCAAUAUUUUGCCAGAGGUUUUCCAUUAUUAUGGUCCUGCACUACAAUUUUUGCAGAUGGUGGUGCUUUCAGACUUACCCUCCUGUUUUGUAUCGGAUCUGGAGUUUGAGCUGAGCUUGGCAAGAAAAAAAAUCAGAGAGACAUCUGUGCUGCUUUUAAACCAGAUUUCUUCUCUCUGUGGAAAGGUGGGAGCUUUAUUUGCUUUGCCUUGCAGCGUUAGCAAUGUACUGAUUCCAUCACCCACCCAACUGAGUACAAAAAAAUGGAAGGAAUAUAUGUCCAAAAAACCUAAGGCCAUCACCAUUCCAGAAGUUGAACUGAAAGGAGAAUUUUGCCAAUAUUAUUUCUUGGUACAAGGCAAUGGCUUUGGAGGCUGUAAAGCAACCAUGAUUCGUUCAGCCAAUCAGAUUAAUGGAGCAGCAACUCUUGCUGUAAUAAAUGGAAAGCUAAAGACAAAUGCAGAAGAAACAGACUCAAGCCUUUGUAUUGCUGACUUCAUCAGGUCUCUUCCACAUCUCUGUGGAGAGCAGAUUCUACAGAGAGAGAAGAAUUUGGCUUCUGUCCAAGCAUGUGCCUUGAAGGAAUAUCUCAAGAGGCAAGAAUCAGCCAAAGAGCUUUCUACUAUUUCUGUUGAUGAGCUCAAAACCCUGUUAACACUCAUGAGGGAGCAGUUUUUUGAGCUGUGUAACACCGCCCUUCCAAAAACUCUUUUACAUGAAGAAAAAAACAAACCUAGCAUCCAUGCAGUGACUUGUGAAUCUGAGCUAAUUGGGUCCAAUGCUUUGGAGUGGCCAGAAAGAAGUGUUCUUCAGAAUAUGGAAAAUUUUGAAAAAAUUAAACAAAAAAUGAGAGGUUCCAUGUUGACACAUUCAUCUGAGCAAUUGCUAGGACAUAAGGAUGGUCAGAGGGAGUCAUUGACAUUGCUGGAUGCUAAAGAGCUACUGAAAUACUUUACUCCAGAGGGGUUGCCGAUUGGGGAUCUUCAGCCAUUACAAAUUCAAAAGAGACAUAGGUUCCUGGUAAGGUGGCAACCUGGGCACUCAACCUGAAAAUCAGGCUAUGUAGAGUCAAGUUUCCUCAAAUGGAGGGGAUGUGAAGCUGGGUAUCUCGCAUCCUGGGUGAGCACCUUAGCUACUUGGGAGUGAGUGGUGGUGCUACUGGCACUCUGAAUGGUGAGUGUGGCCAACCUUCUACUUCUGUUUCUUUGAUUCUGUUAAAAUUGCUGGAACUUAAACUUAGCUUCAGGAUAAAUGCAACAUUAUAUUUAUCCCAAAAUGAAAUGUGUGCUUUUUUCUCAGUGAGGCAACACACAAAAAAAUGUAUUUUUAUUUAUUCAACAUUGAUUUCUUCUCUUCAUACCACUUCCUACCAGUCUGCCAU